GGGCCACCGCUUGCUGUCCACAAAGUGAAAGUGACCUUCAAAGAUGAGCCUGGAGAAGGAAGUGGAGUUGCUAGAAGUUUUUACACAGCUAUGGCAAAUGCUGUAUUAACAUCUGAAAAAUUACCAUCGCUUGAAGGUGUUUUAGUUGGUGGAAGUAAAAGCUUGCAGUAUAAUUUGAUUCAAAGACUUCGGUCCAGAGAGAGAGAACGGGAACGGAUGAGGUCAGCUCUUCAAAGACGCAGUCGAGAAGCCAGGCGGACACUUUCUUAUGAUGCUCCACCUUUCUAUAUGCCUUCUGAUAGUGCAGCCGUUGGGGCUGGUGGUGGUGGUGGUGGUGGAGGAGGUGGCAGUGGUGGUGGUGGUGGUGGUGGCAGCGGCGGCAGUGGAAGCAGUAGUGCUGCAGCAGCUGCUGCUGGAGGAGCAGGAGGAGCGGUAACAGGAGGUGGAGCUGGUGGCAGUACAGCUGGAGGUGGAGGUAGUGGUGGUGGUGGUGGUGGUAGUGGUGGUGGUGGAAGCAGCAGCAGUGGCGGUGGCGGUGGUGGCGGCGGCAGUAACAGUAACAAUAAUAAUGAACAGCAGUCUUCUGAGAAUGAUAGUUCCUCCAACUACCGGCGCCAGCUAGGAGAAAGACUCUAUCCAAAAGUUAGAGACUUACAACCAUCAAUGGCAGCAAAAAUAACAGGAAUGUUAUUGGAACUGUCACCAGCGCAGCUCCUCCUUCUGUUAGCCUCUGAAGAAUCUCUAAGACAGCGUGUUGAUGAAGCAAUGGAAAUUAUUCUUUCACACAGCAACAGAGACAUGAAUCCAGAAAACUUAUUAGAUUUAGAUAUUUUCAAUCUGACCGCUGAUAAAAGUAAAAAAUGUACCAAUUCCGAACGUAGUCGUAAUGAAGUUGAUGAUGAAGAUGACUUAGAAGAUAACGCUCCUUUAUUUUGGCAACCAGGCAAAAGAGGAUUUUAUUCCCCUCAUCCUGGAAAAAAUUCUGCCGAAAGGCUAAAUGCGUUCAGAAAUGUUGGCAGAGUUAUUGGUUUAUGUUUGUUUUUGCAGGGUGGUGAAACUGUUGAGUUGGUUGCUGGAGGUGCUGAUAUAGAAGUCAACGCUCAGAAUGUUCAUGAUUAUGUUAGAAGAUAUGCUGAAUAUCGUAUGGUUAAAGUUGCUGAGAAAGCAUUAAAGCAUUUAAAAUUGGGUGUAUUUGAUGUAAUUCCUGCCAACUCAUUGGAUGGCUUAACUGCUGAAGACUUCAGGUUGUUAUUAAAUGGAGUAGGAGAUAUCAAUGUACAAACCCUGAUUAGCUACACCUCCUUUAAUGAUGAAAGUGGUGAAAGUAGUGAAAAAGUGCAACGUUUUAAACGAUGGUUUUGGUCUGUUGUUGAAAAAAUGAAUAACCAUGAGAGACAAGAUUUAGUGUAUUUUUGGACCUCAAGCCCAGCUUUGCCAGCAAGUGAAGAAGGUUUCCAACCAAUGCCCAGUAUUACUAUCCGACCAGCAGAUGAUGACCAUUUACCUACAGCCAACACCUGUAUUUCACGGCUUUACAUCCCAUUGUAUUCUACGAAAGCCAUUCUUCGCAGCAAAGUGUUAUUGGCCAUUAAAACAAAAGCUUUUGGUUUUGUUUGAGCUGAUAGCAUUUUUUCAUUGAACAAUUUUGUUGUUUAUUUUUUUUUUUUUUAAUUCCAAACUUGGCAACUGAUUACCAGAACCAGCUGGCUGUGACUAACCAUGAAACUUAAAACCAAAAAAAGACAAAUGUAUUGGUGAUCAUCGUGUUUAAUUACUGGCUACAUUGGAUGCCUUGGACUUCAAUAAAAAGCUUUGUUUUAGCUAAAAAGGUGGGGUACACAAACACAAACCUAUCAGCCUUUCUAAAUAUAUAUUAAAAAAAAACCAAAACAAAUAAAAAAAAA